AUGCAGGCUUUCUACGACGUGAUUCCGUACGUGUACAGCAACACUGCGCCGAACGAGAUUGGUCUGCGGGAGUCUGUCGUGGAGGUCUGGGCGGGCGCGAGGAAGUUUGUGCAUGAGGCUGCGGAGAAGGGGAAGUGGUUGGAGUUGGUGGAGAGGUUUCCGGAGCUCGGGGCGGAUAUGAUUACGGGGUUGGUGGGGGAUGUUGAGAUUGGCGGGGAGGGUUACGAUGCUGUGAGUUGCUGUGGUGUGGCUGGGGAUGAUGAUUGGGCGGUGGACUUUACGGAUCGUGGUGGUUGGGCGAGGGAAGAGAAUGAUGAGUCGGAUGAUGAUGAGAUUGAGUAUCCUGAACUGAUUGAAGUCUGA